AUGAAGCAGGCUAUAAUUGAAGAAAAGUUAGGUGUGUACAAAACAAGAGAUUGGGAAAAGUAUACAUUUUUUAAAGAUUGGAUCAUCUUUGAUGCACGAAAACAAAAAUUACAAAUUGUAUAUGGUAUGCAAGCCAAUGAUUUGCGUAUGCUUAUUGGUGGAGCAAAGCCUAUUGAUCAGUUAACGGAUCCAGCACAACGUGAUGCACGAGCACAUAUAAUGAAUGCAUUUUCUAUGAUGAACGCAGAUGGCAGCGAACCACGUUCAAUAGAUUUCCAUUCGUUUCGUGGUAAAUUUACACCGGAAUUCGAUCCUAGAAGAUUUGCUUUAAAAGAUUCGAUAUAUGCUCAACGACUUGAUUUAUUAGCAUUUCUGUUACGAAACGUUCUAUAUCGCUUUUCAACAUGUUUACCACAGGUUAAUUAUUGCGAAUUUUCGGUUGGUUGUGGUGAUUUAAGCCGUCCUUGGGUAUUUGCUGUUUUAACUACAUUUUCAAAUGAUAAAAAAUUCAACAAGUUUCAUUAUCUAGUUAACCAAAGCUUUCCAUGGCUUAAAACAAAUGGUUUUGAAAAAAGUAUUGACUAUCGGUUUCUGGCAGGAUUCAAUCGUCGAAUAUCACCAAUCAGUAAUGCUUGUUCAGCAGAUAAAUCACUUGACUUCUUAAAUGAAGCACCGUCUUAUGCGAUUCAUCUUAUGCUAAGAGAAUUUUAUCAAAGUAAAAAGCAGCGAGAGACAAUUAUAUUCACUGAACAGGUAAAACAAUUGAAGAAAUUGGAGAAAGCCAGCACAAAUACUGAAGAUUUCUAUCACUGGGUAGUAGGACUUGACUUACUUGGAGAUGAACUUGGAUAUCCGUAUUGUCCUUUUGUUGCUUUUGAGUUCCUACGAUUUAUUCGAGAUGCUAGACAAGCAAAUAGUGCUUUUGGCACGCGUAUUCAUUCCGGAGAAAAUGUCCCAUUCGCUCGUCCUGAAUUACCUGGUUAUCGUCUAUUUGCAGCGCACAUGUAUAUUCUUUAUCGUUGUCUCGCUUUUCUGAAGGAAGAGUUAGAAUCUAAUAUUCGUGUUGGUCAUGGUAUUGCAUUUGAUAAAUUAUUAUCUAUCAAAAAUUAUAAGUUUCGUAAAUCUAGUGUACUAGUCGCAGAAAUACAGGAAAAUGCUAAGAAAGUAUUCUCAUCAAUUCCUUUUGAAGUGAAUAUAACUAGUAAUUUCUAUCUUCUUGGCGAUGCUAUUAGAAAUACAGAAAAUACAAAACCUCUGUCCUCUUUGUACAACAUUAACGUUCCAGUCGUUCUAUCGACUGAUAAUGAUGGAAUAUUGCCCAUUGACAGGUGUUCACUGGAGCAUCAGGCGCAUCAUUCAUUACCAGCAGAGUAUUGCCGCGCGAUUACUACACGCUUCAUCAGCAAAGCAAAGUGCUUGAAAAGAAUGAUUAACGAUGCAAAGCGUUUCUGCUUCGCAAAGGAAAGAGCUUUACCUAAAGAGAAGCCUUCGGAAACGGCAAUAAAUUUGGACGACGAGAAAAACAGUUAUGUUCCCACAGAUAUCGUAGUGCAUCCAAAUGUUUUACGUAAACUUUUCAAGAAGGGAGGCUUUUCCAAUAUAGAUUCAUGUUUUUGCUUGAAAUAUUAUAAAAGUAUAUACAGUUCAAAAAUAACUUCUAAAAUUGGGCGUAAUGAUUCUUUUUGGGAGCAUUUUUGCGAGCGUGCCGGACCUAUAGUCGUGGCUUGCUAUUAUUUAACGCAUUCGUUAACUUUCGAGCAAUAUGAAGACGAGUACAAAGCAUUGUUUGGACCCUCCCGAUGUAAAAGACUGUAUAACGCAUGCGCGCAUGUAUAUUAUCAUCUAAUGCACGAUAUACCUGACCAAGACGCAUACAUCCAAGUAGAGGUUCAUGGAGAAGACUAUUUAUUUUGCUCUGAAAGGUCGGCCGAUCAUAAAAGUGCCUUUUAUUUGUUACUGAGCACUAUACGAAAGUUUGUGAUCGGAAGUAUCAGGACACGCACAAUAUUCAGUUUUCUUCCAACUAUUGAUUUUGGUGAUCCGAAAAUAAGGAAAAGUCUUGAAGAUCUAGAUAAAAGUGUCAUGAAGAAAAAAAUCAAAGUUUUUAUUCAUACCAACACAGAAAAGCAUUCGACAUUUCCAGACCUUAAAAGUGGAAAACUAUUUAUUAAUUAUAAACCUGGGCAGCGUACAGAUCCAAAACAAGGAAAAAUUGAAUGUGCGCUAUAUGCUAUUUGUCCACAUGGUAGUGUAGCUACUAGCGCCUUACACUUUAUUGCAAAAUACAUUCAUGAAAAAUCUUUUUUUGUCAAACCACAGCACAAAAAUCUGUCUUCCCUCGUCAUUCCUUUUUUACCAUUGCGUUU